UAUAUUGAAAUUUCCCAUUCAAGACCUGUGGUGCCAGUUUCAAAGGAGUCUUAUUUCUUAUGGUGGCGUUAUGCAGCUCAGGCGGCACUGCAACAGAGGAAAAUGUUGUACAGACUACAGAUUAUAGAUUAUCUUGGGAUAGAAUUUCGCAUAUGUGCAAGCUUCGUCGGCGGUAUGUUCACUUGUAUGCAAGUUUGCUACAACAAUCAUCAAGUGUUGACAAGUCAGAAGUUAGAGACAUUGAGAUGGGUCUUGAUGCAAAAGCAAUUCUUCUAUGGAGGUUACUUGCACAUGCCAAGGUUGAAUCUGUAAAGUCAAAGGAAGAAGUUGAACAGAGAAGGCUUCAGAACAAAAGUUGGUAUUCAUUGAUUUGGGGUAGACAAUCUGAAGAUGCGUCUGAUGGGGAUGCUUUGGGUGAAUCGCAGUUAACAGAGGAAGGGUUGAGUAAAGAAGAGUGGCAGGCAAUCAAUAAGUUACUCGGUUACCAGUCUGAUGAGGACUUGAUGUCACAUUCAGGGAAGGACUUGCAAAGCAUGAUCUGGUUUAUAGUAAUCAUUUAUAUAAGUCAAGCUGCUGCAAGGAUUAUCGAUAAAAACCAGACGGAGAUAGUUUGCUCCCCUGAAGGUUCACUUGCUCAGGUUUGUUUGAGUAGCAUGUUUGAGCUGAUUCGUUCUGAAAGCUUCUUUGUUGAUGACAACUAA